AGCCCGCAGCCCCAAGAGACCUGCGACGCGCGGCGACAUGGCGAGCGGCCACCACCUUCUGCUGGAGAACGCGCAGCAAGUGGUGCUGGUGUGCGCCCGCGGAGAGCGUUACCUGGCUGGGCCUGCGCUGCGCAGCCUGGCGGUGCUGGAGGGUGCCAGCCUGGUGCUGGGCACUGAUGGGUUUAUAAAAGCUAUUGGUCCUGCUGAUGUUAUCCAAAGACAAUUUUCUGAAGAAACUUUUGAAGAAAGGAUUGACUGCUCUGGGAAAUGCAUCCUACCAGGUUUGGUGGAUGCACACACACAUCCCGUAUGGGCUGGUGAAAGAGUCCACGAGUUUGCAAUGAAGUUGGCAGGGGCCACGUACAUGGAUAUUCACCAGGCCGGAGGAGGGAUAAACUUCACGGUGGAGCAAACGCGCCGAGCCUCGGAGGAGGAGCUGUUCCGAUCUUUCCAGCAACGGUUGCAGUGCAUGAUGAGGGCUGGUACCACGCUGGUGGAGUGCAAGAGUGGAUACGGUCUGGACCUGGAAACAGAGCUCAAGAUGCUGCGGGUGAUCGAGCGUGCCCGGAGGGAGCUGCACCUCAGCCUCUCUGCCACUUACUGCGGGGCCCACUCAGUGCCCAAAGGAAAAACUGCCAUUGAAGCUGCUGAUGACAUCAUCAGUAACCACCUCCCAAAGCUGAGAGAACUUGGUAGAAGUGGGGAAAUCCACGUUGACAACAUAGAUGUGUUCUGUGAGAAGGGUGUCUUUGAUCUGGAUUCCACUAGAAGGAUUCUUGAAAGUGGAAAGGAGAUCGGACUACAGAUUAACUUCCAUGGUGAUGAACUCCACCCGAUGAGGGCUGCUGAGGAAUCAUCACUUUCAAAUCAGGCCCCAGGAACUGAGAGGAGGAUCACAGCUUUUAUUUCUCCUGGCAGAGACUCAGGAGAGUCAUCUCCAAAGCCUGAGCACCGGCUCGGGGCUGAACUGGGAGCACGGGCGGUCAGCCACCUGGAAGAAGUGAGCGAUGAAGGCAUUGCUGCCAUGGCAGCAGCCAGGUGUUCUGCUGUCCUUUUACCCACCACGGCUUACAUGCUGAGGCUACAGCAGCCUCGAGCCAGGAAGAUGUUAGAUGAAGGAGUGAUUGUUGCCCUGGGUAGCGAUUUCAACCCCAACGCGUAUUGCUUUUCAAUGCCAAUGGUCAUGCACCUGGCCUGUGUGAACAUGAGACUGUCCAUGCCAGAGGCCUUGGCUGCUGCCACCAUCAAUGCAGCUUAUGCAUUAGGAAAAUCUCACAUACAUGGAUCUUUGGAAGUUGGCAAACAGGGGGACCUCAUUAUCAUCAGUGCAUCCAGAUGGGAACAUUUGAUUUACCAGUUUGGAGGCCAUCAUGAAUUAAUUGAAUACGUUAUAGCUAAAGGAAAAGUCAUCUAUAAAAAAUGAUAGAUCUGGAAGGAAAGAGAAGACGCUUUCUUUGUAUGAAAUAAGUCGACUCAGAUAUAAGUUAAAACACUUCAGUGGCUUUUCAGAACUAUGUCACUUAAGCCUAAUUAUAUCUCAGUGUUUUACUAAUUUACUUGAAAUCCCAAAGGACUAAUUUAUUUGAAUUGAGCAUGUGCACCUAGUAAGCCCAUUGUGACUAAGCAUUACAUUGUAUUGCAAAGAUUGGUUGCAAGUGCUCUGAGAUGAACAUGGUGAGGUAGCUCAGAAAUCUCUCUGUGGGAGAAACAAAUUUGGCCUGAAAUUUCUAUUUUAUUUCUGCAAGUGAUAUGUCCUCAGUAAGGCUAAUUAUACCAUUUCCUAAUAACUAGAAUUCUCUUUCCCCACAGAUUGUCUUU